CUUCCUUUCCAGCGGUGGAGGAGCUCACUCGAGAAAACCGCGGAAAGUUGUUGGACAUAAAACGCCUCCUCGGAAAACCUGCUGCUGAUUCCGUUCGUCUCGGCACUGAGCUUGCCGACAGGGAAAAGCUGCGGGAGCUCGACAGGCUGGUAGCGAUGGCCAAGACUCUGGGCUAGAUGAUGUCCAGACAUCCCGAGGACGAGGGCUUACAGCGGAAGGAGACGGGUUUAGCCCGGGGUCCCAAGGAGUACUACACUGCCAUCAGAGGUGGCGUACGCAACGCGUACCUCGCUGCCGGCGUUGUCGUCAGCGGCUUGGUGUCGACGAGCAAGAUCGGUGCCAUCGGCAAGGAACGUUCUUCGUGGAUAGUACAUUAGCCCGAGGAUGUGUGAUACGUAGGAAAGUGCAUUGGUCCGUUCCAUGCAUCGGUCCGUGUUCGGUUUAUAUGCGUGAUCGGGCGGAUGCCCAAGCGUGCUGCUGCUGGGAUGCUGUGCACCCACCCAGCUCACUCCACCUUUUGACCUGUUCUCCUGGUCCAAGGUCUCAUCAAUACAACAUCUUUUCCCCAGAAGCCACG